AAAAAAUAAUCUGUAUUGGGGCUAUAUAGGCGAGAUGGGCCUAAAAUUUGAGUUACACGGAGAUUCGGAAAGGGGAGGCAAGACAUAAUUUAUUUAUUUAUUUAUUUUUGUCGUAUAUAUAUAUAUAUAUAUCAAACAACAUCUUUUCUUCCAACUCUAGUUAGAUUUGGUUGUCUCUCUGUGUUUUAUCUCCGAUUGAAGCUUAAUGGGUGGGAAGCGAGUCGAAAUUCCUACCGGUUUUCAACCUAAUCAGUGUGAUAAGAGAAGUACCGUGGGCAGUGAUGACGAUGAUAGAAUAAGUCGGUUGUCUGAUGACAUUCUCGUUUAUAUACUGUCUUUGCUAUCGCUCAAGGAAUCUGCACGCACUAGUCUUCUUUCAACUCGCUGGAGGAACUUGUGGAAGCACACCCCCUCUCUCAAUUUUGACGCUGAAAGUGUAUUAGACAAGAUUGAGAAAAAUUGCAGCAAGCCCGGGUUACUCAAAAGUGAGAGAAUCAAGUAUGUGAAAUGGGUGAACUCCGUUAUCCAGUCGCACGAAUCUCUCACCUUACAAGAAUUCAGAAUCCAUUUUAAGUUAAACAAAUCAUUCAGAAAAGCAAUCACUCGGUGGGUUGAAUUUGCAUUUUCCAGACAUGUUCAGAGGUUGGAGUUGGACCUUGAAAAUGGUAAUACGCACUUUCAUUAUUGUGUCCCAGAUGAGUUACUUAUCCGAAGCUGUUCCACAACAUCUAAAUUGCCACCCGGUUCAAACAGUGUUCACCGUACGCUUGUAGGCUUUAAGUCCCUCAGAGCAUUGUCUUUGAAAAGUGUUGGUGUGAGUAAUGGAGCUAUUGAGCUCUUGUUAGAUAACUCCCCACAGCUUGAACAAUUGAUUGUCGACCACUUAGUGAAAAUAUCAAAGCUUGAAAUUUGUGGUUCAUCAUCCCCCAUGUUAAAAGACGUGGAGAUAACCGAUUGCCAUAGUUUGGAAUCAGUUAAACUUUCGUUGCCAAGGCUUACUACACUUACAUUUUCGCAUUCAAAGGGACUUGUGCUCGAGAAUGUUCCGAUGCUAGUUAAUGUUACUGCCGGGAGUGAAGAUGACGCUAUUUCAAUGGCACAUGUAUUUUAUGUACUGUCUUUCUGCAUUUCUCAACUGCAGACUCUUUGCUUGAAGCUUUUUUAUAACGUAGUUUUUGCUGUUCAUGGUGUUGAAAACGAUGAGCUGUGCGAGCUUCCUCAAAUGCCUAAACUGAAGAAGUUGGUCAUUGACUAUUGGGCCAAGGGUUAUGAGAGUCUUAUUAAACUGGCUGCUCUCGUAAAUGCAUCUCCUUACUUGGAGGAAUUUGAUUUACAGUAUCGUUGGUUUAAACAUCCGAUGGAAGAUAGAGAAGUGAAGGAUGCUGUAAGGAUUCCCCACCAUCACCUUAAAGUUUUCAAGUUUUGUGGCUAUUAUGGUAGAGCUAGUGAUGGUGAAUUACUCGGCUACAUUUUGGAGAAUUGUGUCACUCUUGAGAAAAUUAUAAUUGAUCCACAAGACAAAGAAACGGCAAGGAACAGUGCAAAACAAAAGCUUGCACCACAAGUAGCUCAACACAUUGAUUUGGUUAUUCUAUAACUUCAACCAUUGAUAGAUUGAUAGUAUUCAAUUAUUUGAUUUGUUUUAUUUAUGACUUCAAAACUUUUUUUUUAUUGAUUCUGGAACACUGCAUAUUGUUGUAUUUGUGAGCAUAUUGUUGUAUUUGUGAGUUCAAACUAAAGAUAUGUUAAACUUAUUUUA